GAGAGAGAGAGAGAGAGACAGUGAAGUGUGUACUGUACUCCACCACACUGCAUGUUCAGAGCCGCAGCUCAACCCAUUGCGCUCUUUGACAGCCGCGGCUUUCACUCCGAAUCACAACCUGCGGCUUCUUUCAGGAGGAUCAGAGAUGCACAACACCGCUACAAGUUGAGCUCUAGGUACGCGUUUUGGGGAGAUGCGUGUGUAACAGGACACGGUGCGAUCGUGAAGAUGCAUGGACAGAAUCGUGUAGAGGAGAAACCCUGACUCUGACACUGUGCGUGUGUGUGUGUGUGUGUGUGAAGCUGAGCUCCUGCGCUCGUGCAUCUCCGGGCUCCACUCCGUCUCGCUUUCUCGCGCAUUUGAUGGAUGCAUGAUCGGGAGGUGAUGCCCAUUUAUGUCAUCGAUCGCAAAUUUCCAGACACACCUGGUGAAUUGCCACAGGCUGCUCCAGAAGGACAGCACACUAUGGCUGAAAACAACACGCAAAAGAAGAAGUCUCGGUGGACGUCGCUGGAGAUAGGCCUCCUGACCAUCGUAUCUCUGCUUUUUGUCGUCAUCCUAGCCCUCAUCAUCCUCUUUGUGACACACAGCAGCAGCAGUGAUGGGGUUUGCACUACAGCUGACUGCACACGGUCGGCAUCUCGCCUCAUUGAGAACAUGGACCCUACAGUAAACCCAUGUGAAAACUUCUACCAGUAUGCCUGCGGAGGCUGGCUGAAGAAGAACAUCAUCCCCGAAACCAGCUCACGCUACAGCACCUUCGACAUCCUCCGGGACGAACUGGAGGUUGUGCUUAAAGGAGUACUGGAGAGAGAAGAAAGCACCAGUGGUAGCAGCUCUUUAGCCAAAGCCAAAAUCCUUUAUAGGUCCUGCACCAAUGAAAGUCUCAUUGAACAGAGAGGUGGAAUGCCUCUGAUUUCAAUGCUGCCAGAUGUCUUCGAGUGGCCAAUCGCGAUGGACGACUGGGACACCAAAUUCGGGGACAAAUGGAGGGCAGAAGAUGCCAUAGCCAAACUGAAUGAGAAAUAUGGGAAGCAAGUCCUAAUUAGCUUUUAUAUCGGCACAGACGACCGAGACUCCAAUUCUCAUAUCAUUCAUUUUGACCAGCCAAGCCUUGGCCUGCCCUCCAGAGACUACUAUGUCUGCACGGGGCCCUAUGAAGAGGCCUGCAAAACAUAUAAGAACUUCAUGGUUGAUCUCGCUGUUCUGGUCCGAAGAGACAGAGGCUUGGAGGUGAAUGAGACAGAAAUCCGAGAGGAAAUGGACCGGAUCAUGCAGAUGGAGAAGGAGAUUGCUAACGCUACAGACACACCUGAAGACAGAAACAAUCCUGUUCUCAUCUAUAACAAGAUGCCCCUGGAGACACUCAACACGAACUUCACGCUUGCGUUCGACUCCACAGUUUUUAACUGGACUCACUUUACUAAUAAGAUUAUGGAUACCAUCAACCUUCCCAUUGAGGAGAGUGAGCAAGUGAUCCUUUAUGCCCCCAACUACUUGAGGAGGCUCAACCCUGUCCUGGCUAAUUACACAAAGAGAGACGUCCAGAACUAUAUCGUGUGGCGUUUUGCCAUGAACAUGGUGAUUGGCCUGAGCAGAGCGUACAGAGACACCAGGAAAGCUUUUAAAAAAGCCAUCUCUGGUACUAGUUCAGAGGCAGCGGUGUGGAGGCAGUGUGCGGUCUAUGUCAACAACAACAUGGAGAAUGCUGUUGGCAGACUGUAUGUAGAAGAAGCCUUUGCUGGAGACAGCAAGGACAUGAUGGAUGAGAUGAUUGCUGGCAUCAGAGAGGUGUUUGUUAGUAACCUACAAGGCCUCAGCUGGAUGGAUGAUGAAACCAGGAAAGCUGCAGAGGAGAAGGCUCGAGCUAUUCGAGAGAGAAUUGGGUUCUCAGAAAACAUCAUGAACAAUACAUAUUUGGACGAGGAAUACAAAGAACUAAGCUUCAAUUCAGAGGAAUACUUCGAGAACAUCCUGAAAAAUCUGGAGUUCAGUCAGAAGAAACGACUGAAGAGGUUGAGGGUGAAAGUGAACAAGGAAGAGUGGAUCUCAGGAGCAGCGGUGGUCAACGCAUUCUAUUCAUCCAGCAGAAAUCAAAUAGUAUUUCCUGCUGGUAUCCUCCAGCCUCCUUUCUUUGGUAAAGGACAGCCCCGGUCCCUCAACUAUGGUGGCAUUGGCAUGGUGAUUGGCCAUGAGAUUACACAUGGGUUUGAUGAUAAUGGCCGUAACUUUGAUAAAGAUGGAGACCUGAAGGACUGGUGGACUUCAUCCUCAACACAGAAGUUCCAGGAACUCUCGAAAUGUAUUGUGGACCAGUACAGCAGCUUCUCCUGGGACCUGGCAAAUGGACAAAAUCUUAAUGGGAAUAACACCCUCGGGGAGAAUAUUGCAGACAAUGGGGGUAUUCGCCAGUCUUAUCAAGCAUACCAGGACUACAUCAAGAAGUAUGGAAAGGAAGCUCCAUUGCCUGGAAUUGACCUUAACCAUGAGCAACUCUUCUUCCUAAACUUUGCUCAGGUCUGGUGUGGAACGUAUAGACCUGAACAUGCCGUCAACUCCAUUAAAACUGAUGUCCAUAGCCCAGGGAAGUUUAGGGUUCUUGGAUCAUUGCAGAAUUUCCCAGAGUUUGCCAAAGCUUUCCAGUGCCAGAAAAAUGACUACAUGGUGCCUGAAAAUAUGUGCCGAGUGUGGUGAUCAUGCCACAUGCAGGGACAAUAAGGGCAAUUAAAGAGCCCUUAGUUCUCUCUUCUGGCUGUACGACCACCACGGUCCCAGACUGGGGAUGUCUGAUGUUCUCCACAGGGUAGAUAAUACCUGGCUUCACCAAUGCAUUGCAAUCAUGUACAGACAUGGGGUGCUCUCUUAGUCCACUCCUACAUGUAACAAUCAGUUAAUUUUAGUCAGAAUAGAUCAUCAUGUGAUCUGUGGUGAUCUUCGGUUAUUGUUUAUAACAAGAUGAAAUGUAAAGGUAUUGUCAUAUAUUUAAAAACUUAUUAUGUUAAUAUCAAAUCAAACUGUGAAUCGGGGAGAUCAGUAGCAUUUUGUAUAUUAAAGAUGUAUCAGUAUACAUUCAAACAUGGCAACGUUAAAGAACUUUGGUUAGAUGAUAUUUGUGAUAUUUUAUAAAAAUGUCCCAUACAGGCCAAGAAAGGUAAAAAGGUAAAUGAUUUAAAAAAAAAAAGUACGUUAAAUAUAGACACAGGGAUAUACUGUGUGUGUGUGUGUGUGUGUGUGUGUGUGUGUGUGUGUGUGUGUGUAUUAGAAAUCACAAAUCCUUAAAAGUUAUAAUACGGCUUGUAUUGCACUGAAUGUUAUAUUGAUCCUUAUGCAGUCAAAGUUUAUUUGAAAAAAAAAAAAAAGUAAUUCUUUGUUGAAAGGCUACAGGUUUAUAACGUUAUUAGUCACUGAUUUGAUAGAUUU